AUGGGCUUCCUUCGAAAUAUCUGCAACUCAACGAUACAAAUUUCAAUUUCAUCUCGCCUUCGGCAACUGGGGCUCUCUUACGCACAACACUACUCUACUCCUAAGGAAGCCUUUGCUGCUGGAAACACAUAUCCUUUCAGCAACGAAAACUUAUCGAGCCUUUCAUUAAAUAGCCGUGUGACAAAAGUGUUACAAUAUGUUGGCAAGGCCGUAAGUGUUACACCCGAGGUUCUUGCACGUGCCUAUAUCCAUAGUAAGGUCCGUUGCCAUCAUAGCCUUACGGCCGUGGCAAAGAGAGCUUUUGGAUGCCGCUGGGAAUGUCGCGUGACACUGGCACUUUUACGUCAGAUCGACCAAUGA